AUGGAGCAAGGAGCUAUGGAGGGUGCGGUGACCCCAGAAGGAGAGCGUCGCACACGCGCAGCCCUCGCUGAGAUUACAGCACGGCUCACAAACACUAGAGACAUGUCUACUACCCUGCCUUCUGGAUACCUCAGUCCAGCACCUUCACCCAGUGAGCUACUCAUACGGCAAAGAGGUAGUAAUAAAUUAUACAUGUAUACUAAUAUUAUAAAGCAGAAAAAUAUCUUAUUUUGUUUGAAGGGAGUAAUCUUCAGAAAUACUGAUUCGAUUAUGAAAAUCCUUCAACAUCAUACGUGGGUGCUAUAAUUUUCGAAGGCAAAGUCCCGUGAAAGCAUGUUUUUAGUUGAUUUGAACAUUUUUAUUUUACAGUAGAAUGUAGUUUUAUUUAUGUAUUGA